UAACACCGGACUCAAAGUGUAUCCAGGCGCCUAGAAAACCGUGAUAGCCUUACAAUAAAUACCAUGGACCCCCCAUUCAUCGAGAAUUUCCGCUCAAUCGGGCAAAACAUCUAUCUCCACGAGCCCUCAGCAACACCACAAUCUCCAGACCCAGCCCUAAUCAUCAUUUGCACUUGGUUCGGCGGCGCCACUCCCCGUCGCAUCUCCAAAUACACCACGCGCUAUCGCCAGAAUUACCCGGACACAUCCAUCCUGCUCCUCGUCAGCUCGAUCCGAGACUUCACCGUCCGGUCAUUCAACGCCGUCGACCCCAACCUCACCCCAGCACGCGAUUCAAUCACCCGAAUCCUGCAAUCCAACCCCAACGCCAGCAUUCUUCUCCACGUCUUCUCCAACGGCGGAUGCAACACCGUGACCCAUCUCGCGAGAUCAAUGAAAGAUGCGAGCCUUGCAGGAGGUGUAGAUUUCAAAUCAGCCCUGAAAUUGAUAGUUUUUGACUGCUGUCCGGGGGAUACAUCGUUCCAGCGCUUCUGGAAUGCUGCCGCUGUGGCGCUGCCAACAACACAACCGGGUCGGGCUCUCGGGUCUGCGGUUCUGUAUCCGACUGCGCGGGCGGUUAGUGCGUUGCAGAGUGUGGGCGUGAUGAGGUCGAUCGAUGUUUAUCGCGCGGAGUUGAAUGAUCCGGCGGUGUUUGGGAAGCCGGCUCGCAGGCUGUAUCUCUACUCUUUGGUGGAUGAUAUGAUUCCGUGGGAGGAGGUGGAGAGACAUCUGGAUGAGGCGAGAGAGAGGGGGUAUGAGGCUGGGGGAGUCAGGUUCGAGGAUGGUCGGCAUUGUGCGUUGGUUAUGAGCGAUGAGGAGCGGUAUUGGGGGGCUGUUCGGCGGGCUUGGGAAGGGCGUGAGGGUUUCGAUAGGGAUUUUAAGCUAUAG